AUGAACGAGAGCCUUGUCUCCAAGUACAAAGACAUCAUCACCUCCAGAGGAUUGACUUACCACUAUCUGUCUGUGCCAGCUGUGGAUGACAAACCCACUCUACUCUUCGUCCAUGGCUUUCCCUCUAUUUCAUACGAUUGGUAUCAUCAGAUCAAGUACUUCUCCGAGAGGGGAUUUGGCGUAGUAGCGCCCGACAUGCUCGGAUACGGCGGCACGUCUAAACCCACCGAUAUGUCCUUGUUUCUGCACACCGCAAUCGCGCAAGACUUGCUCGACAUUCUUGAUGCCGAGAAAGUCCAAAAAGCCAUAGCCGUUGGGCAUGACUGGGGCACACGCAUAUGGGUUGUGUUCGCACACCAAAUAUACACCCCCUUACCUCCCAUCGAUGUUGUUUUGGAGAUGAAUGUUAAGACAUUCGGCCGGCCACUACUGGGGUACUGGAAGUUUUUCGAACAAGAGAGCGCUUCUCAAAUCAUGGAGAAGAACCUGGAAUCAUUGAUUUCCGUGCUUUAUCCGGAUGACCCAGAUAUUUGGCUGACUCUGAUGAAUCAACCCGGGGAGAUACAAGCCUUUAUCGAAAGUGGAAAGAUGAAAAAGAGAGCCAGUUAUCUCACAGACGAGCACCACUCACGCUUGUUGGAGUCACUUAGGAAAGGUGGGUUAGCGAGUGCCAUGAACUGGUACAAGUCUACGCUCGGUAGCGUCAAUUCCCGCAUUAUGGAAGACAUACCAGAAGAAAAUCAGUUCAUCAAGAAACCCGCGUUCUUUGCGGUCGCAAGGAAAGACCACGUAUGUGUGUAUGAUUACGGCGUGCCCCAAAUGAAGCAAUAUGCGACGGGAGGUCUCCACAUGGUAGAGUUCCAAGGAGGACACUGGGUUCAGUUGGAGGAACCAGAAACGUUCAACAGAGAGCUUCAUGGUUGGAUUCGCGAUACGUUGCAACAAAAUUGUUGA